AUGAAUUUAAGGAAGGAUGAGAUAGUACGUGAUGGUGUGGCACUAUGGAGAAAGUGGCUUAUCGAGCAUCCUGAAUUUGCAAGAAAUCCUAUUUACAUCACUGGUGCUUCGUAUUCAGGAAAAAUCAUUCCACCUCUAACGUUAGAGAUUAUUAAAGGAAAUGAAGCAGGAUCUGGUGCAAGAAUGAAUCUUCAGGGAUAUAUUAUUGGUAAUCCAUAUCUUAUUGGUAAUCCUUUGACGGAUAAUUUCCCAUCAAAGCAUGCAAUCGAAUACGCUCACCGUAUAUCUUUACUGUCAGAUGAGCUUUUUGAGUGCAUUGAUUCAGUAGAAGAAUCAUUUAUCCUGGAAUCCAAAUGCAAUGUAUCAACACCCGAUAAGUGGUGUCGGGUAUACUAUCGUAAUUACAUGUCUCAAUCAUGGGCAAAUGACAUUAAUGUCCAAGCAGCUUUUCAUGUUCGGGAGGGAACGAUUAACGAAUGGUUUCGCUGCCGCGGUCGUCGCAGCGAUGAUAAGUUGAAGUACAAUAUUGAUGUUGAUGCUGAUAGUGCCAUCAAUUAUUAUCAAUAUCUUACCACCAAGCCUCUCAGGGCACUAAUCUUCAGGUAA